CCAUUCUGUGCACUUCAUUUACUUCGGCAGGAGGUGCUCAGUGAUUGAUUCCCCUCCUCUCAUCAUCACACAGGUCCGCACAAAUGACACACUUCUCGACCUUAUUUGCACAUUUUAAUGACACAGGCGCGUCUCAACCCAACUUUUACACCCAAGUAUCCAGACGUCCAGCAAUUGAACUUUUUCAAUUCUUCCGAUGAGAUGAGAUCAGCGGCUCCACUCAUCAGGCCGCAGACGACCACACCCAGAGUUCUGGACCGACACGUCACCUGUCCGUGCACCAGGCUCCGCUCUCGGAACCGCCUCCGUUUGGGCGGAGAGCGACAGAACCGGCGGCCGCGACCAGCACCGCGCGUCGAUGGCGCGUUAUGCGCGGACGGGAAGGUGCGAGGCGUUCGGCCCCUAAUCCGCUUAGCUGCAUUAUGCUGAGCCUCGCUCCAGCCCCGACAUGCGGCGCGUCCUCGUAGCUCCCCAAAAUCCGGAGUCAGCAUCUCUGCGUCCGUUACGCACAGCUGGAGCGGCGGUCCGCGGCGGCCGGGGACCGAACGGGCUCUACAGUCUCUCCACAGGUUGAAGCGACUCACAGUCAAAGAUGCAGCGCACUGCGUUUACCUGUGAGAGCGUCUCUGCCCGUGGGACCGGUCGACCCCAGAACCGAGCUGGGCCUGCGACGGAGUAACCAUGCACCCGACUUCACGUCCUGUCAGGAGCUGAACCAUGAGGGCGUUAACGAGGCGCGCGCCCCGGAGGCGACUGGGGCGCAGCCGCGUGCUCUUCUUCGUGGCCGGAGUCCUGCUGGGCUCCGUCUACGCUCUGGCGCUGAAGGCCAGGCUGCCACGGCCGCGGGCCGAGGCGCAGACGGGCGGGGCCGAGGUCGCAGAGGUCACGGCCGCAGGGCCGAGGGCGUCCAACGGGUCCGAGGGGGCGGCGCCGCCCGGCGGCACCGAGGUGGCGCCGCUCGUGGUCACCAGCACCAGCGUGGAGCGCUGCGUCUACGUGGACCCUCAGCCUCCAGAACCGCGGACGCCGCCGCCGCCGCCGCCGCCGACCGCCCCGCGCCCCAAACCGCCCCCCCCACACAGGAAGGGCGAGUACCCGGCAGACAUGUUCUCCGUGGAGCAGCGGCGCCGCGGCUGGGUGCUCCUGCACGUCCUGGGCAUGACCUACAUGUUCGUGGCCCUCGCCAUCGUCUGCGACGAGUUCUUCGUUCCGGCGCUGGAGGUCAUCACCGAGCGGCUGCAGAUCUCGGACGACGUGGCCGGCGCCACCUUCAUGGCGGCGGGAGGCUCCGCCCCCGAGCUCUUCACCUCCCUGAUCGGCGUCUUCAUCUCCCACAGCAACGUGGGCAUCGGCACCAUCGUGGGCUCGGCCGUCUUCAACAUCCUCUUCGUCAUCGGCAUGUGCGCCAUCUUCUCGCGGGAGGUGCUGCACCUGACGUGGUGGCCGCUGUUCCGGGACGUGACCUUCUACAUCCUGGACCUGGUCCUGCUCAUCGUCUUCUUCCUGGACAAGAUGAUCCUGUGGUGGGAGAGCCUGCUGCUGGUGCUGGGCUACGUCAGCUACGUGGCCUUCAUGAAGUUCAACGGUCCGAUCGAGCAGGCGCUGAAAACGCAGCUCAACAAGCACGCGAGCGUCGUCAAGGUGUGGAGCGCAGACGAGCCGGAGAAGGAUGGUGAAGCUCCUCCUCCUCCUCCUCCUCCUCCUCCCGCUCCUUCUGCAUCAGUACCCGAAGACAAAUCCAAACCAGAACCAGAACCACCUCAGAGCCCGGGUCAGCGCUCCCCUCCGUGCACCAAACAGCCGUCGGAGCCCCAUGAGGACAAAACCAGGCUCCGGGCGCGUCCCGUCCUGCAGCGCGGCGGCAGCACGGCCUCCCUCCACAACACCUCUCUGCGCAGCACCAUCUUCCAGCUGAUGAUCCACACCCUGGACCCCCUGGGGGAAGAGGCCGCUCUGAGAGGGACUGUUAAAAACGCCGGCCAGAGGAAAAGCAGAUUAGACAUGUCUUUUAACGGCGACGUGAGGAUGGAGCGAGCAGCGCAGAGGAAAGCGAAGAACAAAGUUAAGCCUCUGAACGUCCCAGUCACCGACAAACCGCAGAGCAAGUGCCGGGACCGCACGGGAGAUGACAAACCAAAGUGUGACCAGGCCCCCGCAGCAUCCAGUCCUGGAGACGCCGCAGCGGAGCCGUCCACCUCGCAGCUUCCUAAGACGGAAACAUCAGCAGAGAGGACGUCCGACAAAAACCACCAAGAGUCAAAGCCGGCAGCAGCGGCCUUGGAUCCAGAGGAGUCUGAAGACAGCGCCGAGGACCAGAGCGACGGCAGCAGCAGCAGCGACUCCAGCGCAAGCGAGGACGACGAGGGACAGGAGGCGGAGGCGGAGGAGAGCGAGCCGCUGUCUCUGGAGUGGCCUCGCAGCAGGCGCAAACAGGCCACGUACCUGCUCCUGCUGCCCAUCGUGCUCCCGCUGUGGGUUACGCUGCCCGACGUUCGCAACCCGGAGUCCAGGAAAUACUUUGCCGCCACGUUUGUUGGCUGCAUCCUGUGGAUCGCGGUGUUCUCCUACCUGAUGGUGUGGUGGGCUCAUCAGGUGGGUGAGACGGUGGGAAUAUCUGAGGAGAUAAUGGGUCUGACCAUCCUGGCAGCCGGGACGUCCAUCCCCGAUCUCAUCACCAGCGUCAUCGUGGCCCGGAAGGGUCUGGGGGACAUGGCCGUGUCCAGCUCGGUGGGCAGUAACAUCUUUGACAUCACUGUUGGGCUGCCGGUGCCGUGGCUCAUGUACACCCUGUCCCACCACGGCGAGCCGGUGACCGUCAGCUCCAACGGCCUGUUCUGCGCCAUCGUGCUGCUCUUCCUCAUGCUCCUCUUCGUCAUCAUGUCCAUCGCCGCCUGCCGCUGGAAGAUGAGCCGGAUGCUGGGCCUCACCAUGUUCGUCCUGUACUUCGUGUUCCUCGUCCUCAGCGUUCUGCUGGAGGACCGCAUUCUUACCUGUCCCGUUUCUAUCUGAGCAGCGCUGCACUUCAUUUACUGCACACAUGCAGCAGCAAUACGGGAACUACAGCGUUUUAUAUGGUCCGGACCUGCCACAUAGUAGAAACUAGACAAAUGAUGGAAUAGAUUUAAUGUUAAGGGAAAAAUCCACAGUCCCAUUUUCAUGUGAUCGGUCCAAAAAGUUACUACCUGAGCAACCAAUACGAUGGACACCGAUGCUACAUCAGUGUUAGUGAAGCCCAUCAGGUGGAUUUAUGUGCUUAUGGAACGCUCUGGAGUUGUCCAACCAUUGUCUUUUCUUACUGUAAUGAUAGAAGUCACUGGAUGCAGCCUUAGUUUAGUUUGGUACUGUGGUUGUGAUCGUUAUUCCUACAACCCUCGGCUCUAUUCAACCACCCCAGUGUUUAUCAAUGUUCUGUGCGUGAGGUUAAAUCUGUUGCAUCAGGUCAUCGUAUCCACCAGGUGUCACAUGUUAUUGUCUUGUUAAAUGCUCUUGUUGGACUGAAGUGGAUGCAAACAUGUAUCACUUAUUAAAAAAGAAUCCAUAUUUAAAGUUAUAAUUCCAUUCUGCAAUAAAAAUAUUUUUUUAAGCAUGAACGAAA